AUGAGGUCGGCGGCGAGAGACGAGCUGGAGGCCAUCCUGCGGGAGAGGAUCAUGGUUCUGGACGGCGGGAUGGGGACCAUGAUCCAGCGGCGAAACCUGGACGAGGAGGCUUUCCGAGGACGGCGCUUCCGGGACCACCCGACCCCCCUCCGGGGGAACAACGACCUCCUGAGCCUCACCCGGCCCGACCUCAUCUACGCCAUCCACCAGGACUACUUGCUGGCCGGGGCCGACAUAAUCGAAACCAACACCUUCAGCGGCACGCGGGUGGCCCAAGCGGACUACGGCCUGGAGCACCUGGCCUACGAGCUCAACAGGACUUCGGCGGAAGUGGCCCGGCGGGCGGCCGACGACGUCGCCGCUCAGACGGGGACUAAGAGGUUUGUGGCCGGAGCCCUGGGUCCCACCAACAAGACCCUCUCCGUGUCCCCCUCCGUGGAAAGACCCGAUUUCCGGAAUAUCACGUUCGACGAGCUGGCGGAGGCCUACCGCGAGCAGGCCCGGGGGCUUCUGGACGGAGGAGUGGACAUCGUCUUGGUCGAGACCGUGUUCGACACCGCCAACGCCAAGGCCGCCCUGUUCGCGCUCCAGGAACUCUUCGAAGAAGAGUAUCCGCCCAAGCCCAUCUUUGUCUCGGGCACCAUCGUCGAUAAGAGCGGGCGCACCCUGUCGGGGCAGACCGGGGAGGCGUUCGUCAUCAGCGUGUCCCACGCCCAGCCGCUGUGCCUCGGCCUCAACUGCGCCCUGGGGGCCGGCGAGAUGCGGCCCUUCAUCGAAGCAGUCGGGAAGUGCACCGCCGCCUACGUCCUGUGCUACCCCAACGCAGGUCUCCCCAAUACGUUCGGCGACUACGACGAGACGCCCCAAGUGACGGCCCGCCACCUGAAGAGCCUCGCCCCUGAGCGUCUGGUCAACGUGGUCGGAGGGUGCUGCGGGACCACCCCGGCUCACAUCAGGGAGAUCGCCGCGGCCGUGGAGGCCUGCAGACCUCGCGUCCCUCCGGCUUCCCCUUCCGAAGGACACACGCUGCUGGCGGGCCUGGAGCCCUUCCGCAUCGGCCCCUUCACCAACUUCGUCAACAUCGGCGAGCGCUGUAACGUCGCGGGGUCCCGGAAGUUCGCCGACCUCAUCAAGGCCGGCCGCUACGAAGAAGCGCUGAGCGUCGCCAAGGCCCAGGUGGACAUGGGAGCCCAGAUUCUGGACAUCAACGUGGACGACGGCAUGUUGGACGGGCCGAGGGCCAUGGCCAGAUUCUGCAACUCGGUCGCCUCGGAGCCCGACGUCGCCCGGGUCCCGCUGUGCAUCGACUCGUCCGACUUCGCCGUGAUCGAAGCCGGGCUGAAGUGCUCCCAGGGCAAGUGCGUCGUCAACAGCAUCAGCCUGAAGGAAGGGGAGGGGGACUUCCUCCGGAAGGCCCGCAGGAUCCGGCGGUACGGGGCCGCCGUGGUGGUCAUGGCCUUCGACGAGGAGGGCCAGGCCACGGAGACGGAUGCCAAGAUCCGGGUGUGCGCCAGGGCCUACCGCCUCCUGGUCGACGGUUUGGCCUUCGACCCCAGCGACGUCAUCUUCGACCCCAACGUCCUGACCAUCGGCACCGGCAUGGCGGAACACGACGCGUACGCCGUCAACUUCAUCGCCGCCGUCCGAGCCAUAAAGGAAUCGCUGCCCGGAGUCAGGAUCAGCGGGGGCCUCUCGAACCUGUCGUUCGCCUUCCGCGGCAUGGAAGCCGUCCGCAGGGCGAUGCACGGCGUCUUCCUCUAUCACGCCAUCCGGGCCGGGAUGGACAUGGGGAUCGUGAACGCGGGCAACCUGCCGGUGUACGACGACAUCCAGCGGGACCUGCUGCAGCUGUGCGAGGAUCUCAUCUGGAACCGCGACCCCGACGCCACCGAGAAGCUCCUGCGCUACGCCCAGACCCACGCCGGGGGGGGCAAGAGGCCCGUGCAGACGGACGAGUGGCGGGACGGCCCCGUGGAGGAGAGGCUGGAGUACGCCCUCGUCAAGGGCAUCGAGAAGUACGUCGUCGAGGACACGGAGGAGGCCAGGUUGGACCGGGAGACCUACCCGCGCCCGCUGAACGUAAUCGAGGGGCCCCUGAUGAACGGCAUGAAGGUCGUCGGCGAACUCUUCGGAGCGGGGAAGAUGUUCCUGCCUCAGGUCAUCAAGUCGGCCCGGGUCAUGAAGAAGGCGGUCGGCCACCUCAUUCCCUUUAUGGAGAAGGAGAGGGAGGAGAAGCGGGCCCUGACGGGCAGCGUGGAAGAAGAGGACCCCUACCAGGGCACCGUCGUGCUGGCCACCGUGAAGGGCGACGUCCACGAUAUCGGCAAGAACAUCGUCGGCGUGGUGCUGGGCUGCAACAACUUCAGAGUCAUCGACCUGGGGGUCAUGACCCCGUGCGACCGGAUCCUGAAGGCCGCGCUGGACAACAGAGCGGAUAUAAUCGGCCUGUCAGGACUCAUCACUCCGUCGUUAGACGAGAUGAUUUUCGUGGCCAAGGAAAUGGAGCGGUUAGAGAUCAAGAUUCCUCUGUUGAUCGGAGGGGCCGCCACUUCGCGAACCCACACGGCCGUGAAGAUCGCUCCUCGGUACAGCGCUCCGGUCAUCCACGUCCUGGACGCGUCCAAGAGCGUGGUGGUGUGUUCCCAGUUGCUGGAUGAGAACCUGAAGGACGACUACUUCGAGGAGAUCGUGGAGGAGUACGAAGACAUCAGGCGAGACCAUUACGAGUCCCUCAAGGAGAGGAGAUACCUGAGCCUCGACCGAGCCAGGGAGAACGGCUUGCGCAUCGACUGGCAGGCGGAGCCUCGCCCGGUCAGACCGCGCUUCCUCGGGACGCGCGUCUUCGAGGACUACGACCUGCGGCGGCUGGUGAGCUACAUCGACUGGAAGCCGUUCUUCGACGUCUGGCAGCUCCGGGGCAGAUACCCCAAUCGGGGCUUCCCCAAGAUCUUCGAAGACAAGACAGUGGGCGAAGAGGCGAGAAAGGUUUAUGAGGAUGCCCAGGGGAUGCUCAGUGAGCUGAUCGGUCAGCGGAAACUCCACGCCAGGGGCGUGAUUGGCUUCUGGCCGGCCCAGAGCGUCCAGGACGACAUCUACCUCUUCUCGGAGGACGCGGAGCCCCGGGCCGCCGAGCCCAUAGCCAGGUUUCACGGCUUAAGGCAGCAGACGGAGAAGGACCCGGCCUCGCCCGACCCGUACUACUGCCUGUCCGACUUCGUGGCCCCGCUGGGGUCGGGCGUCCCCGACUACGUGGGCCUGUUCGCCGUGGCCUGCUUCGGCGUGGACGCGCUCUGCCGGGCCUACGAGCGGCGGGGCGACGAUUACAGCAGCAUCCUGGCCAAGGCGCUGGGCGACCGGCUGGCGGAGGCGUUCGCCGAGGAACUGCACGAGCGGGUCCGGAGGGAGUUCUGGGGCUACGGCGAAGAGGAGCGGCUGGCCGCGGGCGAGCUCCGCCGCCGGCGCUACCGGGGCAUCCGCCCGGCCCCCGGCUACCCGAGCCAGCCCGACCACACGGAGAAGAUCGCCAUGUGGCGGCUGGCGGACGUCGCCGAGACCACAGGGAUCGUGUUGACGGAAUCGCUCGCCAUGGCGCCUGCCUCGGCGGUCUCCGGCCUCUACUUCUCCAACGCUCGGUCCCGAUAUUUCGCGGUCGGAAAGGUUUUCAAGGACCAGGUGGAAGAUUACGCCCGAAGGAAGGACCUCCCGGUGGCCGAAGUGGAGAGGUGGCUCGGCCCCGUCUUGGGAUACGACGUCGACUAGGCGGCGGCGGCCCUCUCGUCUCCCGCUCCCCGGAGGACCUCGAAGAAGAUGCCGCCGAACCCCGGGGGUCCUCGGAAUAGCGCCCCCGGGUCGGCGCGCGUCUCCUGCCGGGGGAACCGGCGCAGCGGUAGAACGAAACGCAGACGUCGCGUCGGGCCGUAGGGUCGUAUCCCCGCCCGAUACGGCACCCGAGAAAGACGUGGGUGUUCUCUCGGCCGGCCGUUCGGCUCCCGUCCCGGCGCGGCUCGCCCCCGUGGAAACCCUGCUGCCAGUUCGGCUGCCCGGGAGUCCUGUGGACGAGGGGCGGGAUCGCGAGGGAAGAAGCCAGGCGCCUGGGCGACGGCCCGCCGGAAGGGGACCCGGACGAGGACGCCACGGGAUCCCCGUCUCCCGAAGCCCCGGCGAUCGAGCCGAGGAGGCCGCCCGCCCCCCUGGCCCGGGUAGAGCCGUGGUAACGGGCCGCCCUCCCGGAACCGCGGGGGAGCCGGGGAGCGGCGCGGCGACACCUGCGAACGAAGAGGUUCCAGUCGCGGCCCCGGCGCGGGGCGGGCCGCCUCGCCGGGAGAUCUUUCUCCCCUCGACCGUGAUCCGCCGGCGGCCGCGGCGCUUCGGAGAGAUCGGAGCGGAUCGCCGCGGAUCGCGGGCCGUUAGGACGACGCGUCGGCCCGGCGGACCUCCCUCUUGAGAGACGGCCGGCGACCGGGCCGCCGGGCCGGGCUUAAGGCUUUAACUCUCGUCCCUGUGGACGAGAAAGAGGCGUCGGUUCGGGGCCGUGGGCUUCGGCGGAUCCCUUAUCCGCCGAAGCGUGGGCAGUGGGGGACGGAGGGGCUCGCGUCUCAUUAAACCCGGGACACCGUC